AUGAAUAUCGACAGACCAGGCCGGCAGAUCCGCCUACCAUGGCAGAAGCGUAGAGACAAUAUUCCAGAGGACGAUGAGACACUGGUCUCCCGCCGAGUCCCGAUGAUCAGUAUGUUGCCUCUAGCUGCAAAGAACCAUUUCGUGGCCAUGUCAGGCGAGUUCGCAGGCACAUUUUUGUUCCUCCUUUUCGCCCUCGGCGGGACCAACGUCGUCAAUGCUGCUCCCCAGGAAGGCCAGCCUGUCGAUCUCGCUGCCAACCCCGCCAAACUGCUGUUCAUCGCUCUAUGCUUCGGUUUCUCUCUGGCCGUCAAUGCUUGGGUGUUCUUCCGCAUCAGCGGUGGCUUGUUCAAUCCAGCUGUCUCCAUUGCCAUGAUGAUUGUAGGAGCGCUGCCAUACACUCGAGGGUUACUGAUCAUGGUAUCCCAAGUCCUGGGUGGCAUUGCUGCAUCGGCAGUCGUUUCAUGCAUGCUCCCUGGGCCCCUGAAUGUUCGAACAGAACUUGGUGGUGGCACAUCCGUGGUCCAAGGUCUCUUCAUUGAGAUGUUCCUCACCGCGCAACUAGUAUUCACGAUCUUCAUGCUCGCGGCGGAGAAACAUCGUGCGACAUUCAUCACCCCUAUCGGCAUCGGCCUCUCCCUCUUCAUCGCCGAGCUCAUGGGUGUCUACUACACUGGUGGUAGUCUCAACCCAGCCCGAUCCUUCGGUCCAUGCGUCGUCCUCCGCACCUUCAACAGUUACCACUGGAUCUACUGGAUCGGGCCUAUCCUCGGUGCCUUGCUCGCAUCCGGCUUCUACAUGUUCAUCAAAGCCCUCGAGUAUGAGACAGUCAACCCUGAGCAAGACGGUGAAGGCAAUGAAGGUCGAGCUUUUGAUCCUUCAUCAGGUGUGGAGAGGAAGGUCAUCCCGAAGCCUGGUCGUCAUCCCGACCAGUUUCACUCGGACAAGACUGCUCCUGGGCUUUCACCCACGCGCAACCCUGGAUAUAGCAGAGGUAGCGAUGAUACGGCUGUGGCUCAUCAUGGUGUGGUGGGAGAUCCUAUUCGUACACGUCAGAACCUUGACCCUGAUCUUGAGGCUGGAAGAGGUUUGCCGGCUCCUUGA